GCAGUACGUACUUAACAUAGUCGUAGUCCAAUUGGAUUUACAAAUAAACCAUUUUAUCGCGUCACAUAUAGCCUCUUUUAAUUUGUAACCCAUAUAUCAUCCAUGUUUUAUCUUCAUCAUCUGGAUAUAUCCAGAGACACUUUCCAUACUUGUCUUCCAGAAAACAUGAAAGGUAUCGAACAGCAAUAUCAGAUGCUAGAGGAACUGGUUGAACCCACACUAGAAGUUAAGUUCCCACGGACACCUGGUCAGAAACCAAAGCCUGAGGAGAAUCCGUACAAUGCAUGGGCCCGGUGCUUAGAUAUUAAAGGAUCCGAAGAUGGCAAGUUGAGGGGUAAAACUGUUGCGAUUAAAGACAACAUUGCUGUAGCAGGCGUUCCAAUGACAAAUGGCAGUAAAACAUUUGAAGGAUAUAUCCCUGAAUUUGACGCUACUGUUGUUACAAGAGUAUUAGAAGCAGGUGGUAGGAUUUUAGGGAAGGCCGUUUGUGAAGAUGUUUGUGUGUCUGCCAAUAGUUUUACUUCUGUCAGUGGACCUGUAACAAAUCCACGAGACCAUACAAGAACGACUGGGGGAUCAAGCUCAGGAUGUGCAGCACUUGUUUCUGGUGGAGUGGUCGAUUUGGCAAUAGGUGGCGAUCAAGCAGGGUCCAUCAGGGUUCCAUCUAGCUGGUGUGGUAUAGUAGGUCUCAAACCAACAUACGGAUUAGUUCCUUACAGCGGUGCAUGCUCCAUUGAAACCACAAUAGAUCAUCUUGGUCCAAUGGCGAAGACAGUGAAUGACUGUGCUCUGUUAUUAGAAGUGUUGGCUGGGCAUGAUGGAUUUGACUCGCGACAAAGAGAAAUGGAUAUUCCUAAUUACACUAAGCUUAUUGAUGAUGGAGUGAAUGGGUUGAAGAUAGGUUUUGUCGAGGAGGGAUUUGCCAAUUGUGAAUCUGAUGUCGUUAAUGUUGUCAAAGCAACGGCUGGAGUAUGGCAAAAAGCUGGUGCAACAGUAGAAGAUACGUCAAUUCCCAUGCAUACAUAUGGAAAACCCAUUUUGGUAACGCGGGCUUUUGAGGGAUCAUAUCUUCAAGGAUUUGUAGGUGCUAAUAUUGGGAACAAGGGUUUCUAUCCCAACUCAAUGCUGGAACAUUUUAAAAAGCAUGUGAAGGCGAGACCAUACGAUUUACCACCGACCUAUCAAUCUAUGUGCCUUUGGGGAGAAUAUACAAAACGUAACUACCAGUCAAAACAUUACGGAAAGGCACAGAACUUGACU